UUCCGUUCGGAUGAACAUCUGACAGCGAACAGCGAACAACAAGGAGUAGUUUUGUUUGGUAGUUAGCAGCAGUUUUAGUGAUCGAGUAGCAGCAUCAUGAAGUUGAUCAUCUGUGUGUUAGGCUUGUGCGCCCUGGCCGCCGCCCAGGACAACUUCAAGGAGUGCCUGGACAAGGACUCCAUCUCCUGUGUGCAAAUGAUGUUCUACCGCAAGGCCCGUGAGUUCUUCGACCAGCCCCAGAUCAGCCUGGCCGGUGGGUUGGCCUUCGUGAAGGCCGCCGGCCGCGACUCGCGCUCCUUCAACGCCGACAGCGCCAUCGUCGAAACCGCCAACAACGUCGAAACGCGCGAGGAAGCCCUGGAGAACUACGUGCUCGAGCGCACGAAGAACUUCUUCCAGGAGCGCUCGCUGAACCUGGACAUGGCCAACGCCGCCCGCAGCCUGUCCACCGUGAUCCCCGAGGACGUGAAGGUGUCGAUGCGCGCCCUCGUGUCGGAGGCCCGCGGCAAGAAGAAGAUCCUCAAGUCGCUGCUGCCGAUCCUCGGUCUGGUCAAGCUAAAGAUCGUCGGUCUGGCCAUCUUGGCCCUGUUCGGAAUUGCCCUGAUCGCCAAGAAGGCUUUGAUCGUGUCCGUGAUCGCGCUGAUCCUGUCCAAGUUCCUGUUCCUGAAGAAGCUGCUGUCCGGCAAGAAGGAGGAAUCGCACGCCUACCACGGAUCGUCCGGCGGAUGGGCCGAGUCGAGCGGAUACGGUGACUACGGUGCCCACAGCCAGCCUGCCCACUCGAUCGCCUACGCCGGCCACAAGCCCGUCCGGAAGUAAGAGGAAAGUGCAGGGAGGAGGCCAUAUUCGACACGAAAAAUCCCCAACACCACCAUUACCAAGUACGGGGUACGACCCCCACCAGCAGGAAGAGAACGAGACAAAUUAAUUUAUUGAAAUUAUUUAUUACCACGUUUUUUUUUUUUGUUCGAGCGAUUAAUUUAUUGUUAGCGUAACAUACGAGACUCCGCUUCGAAUGUUGUUGAGAUUUGUUUUUGUUUUCUUGUUUAGGAUCUUUUUUUUCUCUUGUCUUCAACUCUGCUCCUUCUAACCAAAACACACACACACUUCAUCAUCCUAACGGGGCUGUUCCUCGUUUUCGGAGGGACAACCCACAUCUUUGUCUACUUUUUAUACGUUCUAGUCUGUAUUUUAUCUUUACCAAGGCUGAUUAAGGUAAUUUGAUCAGUGUCAAAGAAGCUGAAAAUAGAAAUAAUUAAGCUCCAUCUAUCACCGCAAUACACUAACCGCUACUUUUUCUAGUCUCUCAAAGCCCGACUCGCGCGCUCAAUCUUGCUUCCCAGCGGGAAAUCUGUGCGCCGACUGUCACAGCUUGACAGCUUCCGGUGGCGCUCGCGAAAUGCCCUAACCAAACUCUUAUCCCAAUCUAAAUCUCUCACUCUUCCGUGCUAGAUUUCAGCCACUCCGGUCAUUUUACCGCUACCGAUUCGGGGCUCUCUCUCUCUUCAACUCUUCAUUUAACGACUUCUUCAACUUCUUUCUUCUCUCCCCUCUCACCCCGAAGUGGUUUCAUUUUUCGUGCCUCGAUCUUGCUAAUCUCUUAAUUUCUUUUUUUUUUCCUCUCUCUCUCUUACUUAUUCGAGCAAUUUCGCGCCAUUGGCGGCGAAACGGGAAGUCGAGCAGUAAAUAAAACGUCGACAAAGAAGAUCGCGAGCGAGAGCGUGCCCGCGCGCGUUACUGUUAUUAUCUCUAACUUUAUUUAAAGUAAUAGUAGUGAUCUGUCCGUGCAGCUCUGACGGGCACUUGUGCAUUCUUCUGCCAUUCUUUUUCACCCCUCUCUUUACUCUACACUUCCAUUUCUGGACUCUACCUCUUCCCUUUCCCCUCACUCUUAAUAAUGUUGUUUAAUUUUUCAUACUUUUUCUGUUCCACUCGAGAAAAAGAAGAGAAGAAAAUAAGCGAAGAAGAAAUACUUGUGCAAAACCACUUGUAAAUAAAAAAAACAUAAAUAAUGAAAAGAAACUACAGUCAAUCUGUGCAAAACCAAA